AUGGCUCAAUUCAUACCACGCCAGGUAUUUCCUCAUUACGGGGCGAUUCCCCGAUCUUAUUUCUUGGGGCACCAUCGCGCUGGUCUGAGCAAGAUGAAAACUAUGCUCUCGACAAUAGACUAUGUCGUGGAAUGUCGGGACUAUCGGGCCCCUGUCACUUCUAUUAAUCCCAUAUUCGAAGAAGCUUUGGAGAACAAGAGGCGACUGAUUGUGUAUACAAAACGAGAUCUCGGAAGCGUACCGAAUUCACCUGCACAAAAACAGAUCGAGAAAAAAGUACGGAGCUUUGAUCGGAAAAGCGCAGUGUUCUUCGUCAGCACAUCUUCUCGCGCUGAUGUCACACCCAUCAUCCGACACCUUCGAGAUGAUGCCGAAGGCCCAGAUAAGCUGGUUGGGUGCCGGGUGCUAGUGGUGGGUAUGCCGAACAUUGGCAAAUCUACACUCAUUAAUCACCUUCGAAACUUUGGGGUGGGAAAAGCGAAAGCUUUGAAAACCGGUGGUCAGCCAGGCAUCACCCGAAAGAUUGCCAGUCCAGUAAAGAUCAUUGAGCGCGAGAGCGGGUCCCACGUCUAUGUUCUCGACACGCCGGGUGUUUUCAUGCCCUAUGUCCCGGAUGCCGACAACAUGCUCAAGCUGGCUUUGUGUGGUUGUGUCAAGGACGCCGUGAUCUCUCCCGUCACCCUCGUUGAUUAUCUCCUCUAUCAGAUCAAUUUGCACGAUGCGCAGGCGUAUCAGCGUUGGUCUGAACCCACAAAUGAAGUCAUGCCUUUACUCGAGAGAUUUGCACAGCAGACGGGUCUACUGGGCAAGGGAGGGAUACCAAACAUAGAUGGCGCCGCCUUGCACUUCAUACAAAAGUGGCGAGCCGGGGAUCUCGGUCGUUUUAUCCUCGAUGACUUGGAUGCAGAACAGCGACGCCGAGAAGAUCCCGAACAACAGGCUCGAAUGAGCAUGUCUCAGGCGUUGAGGGUCGAGAGGACCACUCGCAAACACAAGUCGAAUGCCACCUCUAGCACCCUUACAUAG